CAAGAGCAAAAGCUGCGCACUCUUACUUAAAAAUUAACAAAUCCAAACAGAAUCAAGAACAAACUCUCCCACCCCAUCAAUCUAUCAUCAUCAUCCUUAAAUUCCAAUCACCAUUCACGCAAUCUUCAUCAAGGGUUCUUUCAAUUCCUUCCAAAACACAAACACUUGCCAUUGAAGUCAAUACCUUGUGUUAAAAAGUCGUAUCUAACUAUUUUGCUUGAUACCCACAUCAGUACAAUGGAGUAGAUAUAUAUAAUAAUAUAAAUCUAUAUCGAUAUCUGUACACACACUAAACCACACACACAUAUAUAAUAUAUGGGUGUUGAACCACCGCCUGACACGGCGGUUCACAAUCAAGAAUCAGACCCUGCUGCUGCUGCUGCUGUUGUUGUUCCAGUAGAGAAAGAGACGGAGACGGAGACGAAAUCAGACAUGGCUAAAACUUCUGCUUCGUUACCUCAACCUACUCCUUCAUGGUUCACUCCCAAAAGGCUGCUUGUGAUAUUCUGUGUGAUCAACAUGAUAAAUUAUGUGGAUCGAGGUGCCAUUGCCAGCAAUGGCGUCAAUGGAAGUCCCAGAGUUUGCACAAAAACUGGUGUAUGCUCUCAUGGAAGUGGAAUUCAGGGCGAUUUUAACCUAAGCAAUUUCAAAGAUGGAGUAAUUUCAUCUGCUUUCAUGGUUGGACUUCUUGUAGCAUCUCCAAUAUUUGCAUCAUUGGCCAAAAGCAUUAAUCCAUUUAGGCUUAUUGGAGUUGGAUUGUCUGUUUGGACUUUUGCAGCAGCUGGUUGUGGGAUUUCAAUUGACUUUUGGUCAAUCACAAUCUGCAGAAUGUUAGUUGGUGUUGGCGAGGCUUCUUUUAUUAGUCUUGCAGCUCCGUUUAUUGACGAUAAUGCCCCCGCAACUCAGAGAACAGCUUGGUUGGGAAUAUUUUACAUGUGCAUACCUACAGGAAUUGCCCUUGGUUAUGUUUAUGGUGGAUGGGUUGGAAAUGGAUUUGGUUGGAGGUAUGCAUUUUUUGGUGAGGCAAUUUUGAUGUUACCUUUUGCUAUUUUGGGGUUUGUAAUGAAACCUUUGCAAAUGAAAGGGUUUUCUCCAACAGGGACGAAAAAGUCAUUGACAACUCCAGAGACAAAUGUUAUAGAAAUCGAAGUUAUUACAAAUGACAAAGAUGUCCCUGUAUCCAAACACACCUCAAAAGAACCUUCCAGAUUUGGUUUAUUUUGGAAAGAUAUAAAAGCUCUUUUGGCUGAAAAGAUAUUUGUCAUCAACGUUCUAGGUUAUAUUGCGUACAACUUUGUCAUUGGUGCAUAUUCAUACUGGGGCCCAAAAGCUGGUUAUAGCAUAUAUCAUAUGAGUAAUGCAGAUAUGUUAUUUGGAGGAAUCACAAUUAUAGGUGGAAUUGUGGGGACAUUAUCGGGUGGUUUUAUAUUAGAUUACAUGAAUGCCACAAUUCCUAAUGCUUUCAAGCUUCUUUCAACAGCAACGUUUUUUGGUGCGAUAUUUUGCUUCAGUGCCUUUUGUUUCAAGAACUUGUAUGCUUUUAUUGUUCUGUUUCUAAUUGGAGAAAUUCUCGUAUUUGCAACUCAGGGUCCUGUGAAUUUUGUGUGUCUUCAUACUGUUAAACCAAGUUUAAGACCUUUGUCUAUGGCCAUGUCUACUGUCUCAAUUCAUGUCUUUGGUGAUGUUCCUUCUUCUCCUCUUGUUGGAGUUCUUCAGGACAAUAUAAAAAACUGGAGGACCUCUGCUUUGAUUCUAACUUCAAUACUGUUUUUGGCAUCUGGAAUAUGGUUUAUAGGUAUUUUUGUUCAAAGUGUGGAUAGAUAUAAUGAAGAUAGUGAGCAUCAAGAUGGAAAUACUGAGCGAACAAAUACAACACCAUUGCUUGAAGAAAAAACGAUCGAGACAGAUGUUGGUUCUUCUGAAGCAUGAAGAUGGUAGGAUCUUUUGAGGGGUAUAAAUGUCUUUUUUUUCUUUUUUAACAAAUAGUAGAUGUACAGCCUCUCACCAGCUAUAGCUAUUCUUUCCUUUUUUAUGGUAUUUUUGUUUGUAAGUAUUUUCGUUUUGAGCUUACUUAGGAUUUCAGAUAUGUUCAUAGUUAAAAUGCAUCUGGUUUUACACGUGUUUUUCUUUUCAACUAAUGGAAGGGUUUUAUGGUAAAAUGUCAACAAAUUUAUGUAAAUGAUCAA